CUUCGCCACUAUAACACACACACAUAUACACGCACACACGCACAUAUACACACACACACACACACACAAACCAAAAUCAAUGAGCCUCGGACGGCCAACUCUUCCAGGAAGGCAUUAACCAUCACCUAGCCAACAUGUAGUGACUGAAACACUGCGAGGGGAAAACAGAAAGAAAUAUCGAGAUAAAAAGUUCUACGGAUAUUCGUCGAGAGCGAUGGGUUUAUAGAGCGUCGGCUGCUCCUCAAUUCAAAACAACAAAGUCGGAUGCUCGCAUUUCCGCUUGGUUCGCUUCGCGGAAAAACAAGGGGGAAGGAAAAGUGGAAACGGGAGAACUUCCUGAAUUCGAACGAGACAUGUCCGACUCCCCUGUCCAACUCAACAUUAAGCAGGAGAGGAGUGCAUUCAGUCCCUCUGCCAGUCCACUGCCAAAUUCCACUUCCUCUCCAGGCCAUGGCGCUCCGCCUCUGACUAAUGCCAAGACAGAGGAAGAGCCGGCCAGACUGCCUGGACACCUGCGUCUGCAGCCUGUGUUCUGGAGCAGAGAGGAUGUAGUUCAGUGGCUGCGCUGGGCUGAGCGAGAGUUCGCUCUCCGACCCAUCUCCAGCGGAAGUUUUCAGAUGAACGGCAAAGCCCUCCUGCUGCUCACCAAGGAGGACUUCCGCUACCGUUCACCCCACUCAGGAGAUGUUCUUUAUGAGCUCUUGCAACAUAUCCUGAAGCAGAGGAAGCCCCACUCAUCCUUCCCCAACACGUAUUACCCUGGAAACUCCUUUCAUUCUCUGCCUGAUGCAGCACUGCAACACCAUAAACUUGAGGAAACGGUACUAAGAACCCCACGAAGCACAGAUAGCCACCCGCUCCAACCUCCCACCAUCGAGCUCCGUCAUCGCUCACGCUCACCUCGCCGCUCGCCUGCGAAUGCUGCACAUGUCCACCUUGCCUCCGCUGAGGAUGUCCAACCAGUGCCCUCCCAGUUGCCCGACAGCAACAACCACCUCCCUGAAGACCUGUACCCGCUGUCUGUGUCACCUGCGGCCCCAAACGGCCACCACGCCCAACGUCCAGCCAGCCCGUGCCAGGAGGAGGUGGUGCCUCCUCGGGUCAUCCAGCUGAUGCCCAGUGCCAUCAUGCACCCGCUGCUGCUCAGUCCCGGACGAGGAGGGGUGACGGGCGAGUUCAGACAAGGCCGGACAUCAGCCCAAGAGAACGGGCGUGAGGGGAAGAGCCAUCAUCAUCAUCAUCAUAAUCACCACCACCAUAAUCAUCAUCAUGCUCCUCCUCACCAUGUACUGAGCCUGGCAGGGCAGCAGCAGUCACACCAGCAGGAAGAUGUCCGCUAUAGGAACCAGAUCCUUAUGCCCGUGUCACCUCCUGAGGAGCAGGGUGUGCCUAUUGGACGCAUUGCUGAUUGCAGACUGCUGUGGGACUACGUGUAUCAGCUCCUUUCAGACAGCCGCUACGAGAACUACAUCCGCUGGGAGGACCGCGACACCAAAGUGUUCAGAAUCAUUGACCCCAAUGGCCUGGCUAGACUGUGGGGAAACCAUAAGAACAGGACCAACAUGACAUAUGAGAAAAUGUCAAGAGCACUACGACACUAUUACAAACUGAACAUCAUCAGGAAAGAGCCAGGCCAGAGGCUGCUCUUCAGCCAAAUGAUAGCAUCAUGUAAAGCAACCAUUUUGAAUGACAAAACACUACGAUGAAGGAGUUGUGUUGUGGACAAGUGGUCUGAAAUUGCAUCAACGCUAAAACGUCCAGAACGAGAGCUAAGUCCACUUUUGAGUCCACUUGUAUUGGGAACACCAAAAGCAGUGAGGUCAUUUGUAGCUAGUUCCCUUUCGGGUCCAGUUUAACAGGACUGAGCAUGGUUAAUCUCAAAAGAAAACACCCUUUAAUCAUGGUGUGGUUUUUGGUGCUAGAUGAGCUGGUUUGGUUAUUUCAGAAAUUGAUGAUCAUCUGAGAUUUUCACACACAGCAGAUUUUACACAGAAUGGUGUGAAGACAAAAAACAGUGAGUUUUGCAGGCAGAAACACCUUGUUGUUGAGAGGUCAGAGGAGAAUGGCCAGACUGGUUUGAGGUGACAGGAAGGCUAUAUUAACUCAAAUAACCACUCUGAACAACUGUGGUGUGCAGAGAAGCAUCUCAGAACGCCCCGCACAUCAAACCUUAUGGCAAAUGUGCUACAGUUGAAGAUUGGAAAAAUCUCCACUGAGAUCACAUUUUUCCCCAUUCUGAUUUUUGAUGUGAACAUUAACUGAAGCUCUUGACCUAUAUCUGCUUGAUUUUAUGCAUUAUGC